AUAAAAACAAAACCAGUCCCACCCCUCUCUCUCUCUCUCUGUCUCUCUCUACAUUUUCCCUCUCUACCAGUAAAUCAUUUCUCUCUCUCUCUCUCUCUGAUGCUGAGCUUUUGAAUCAAAUGUGAUGGGAAGUGGGUUCUCGCAACUCUUCCCUUGCUUCAAUCCGGCGGCGAACCGGGCCGACUCCAACAACCGGGACCUGAUCUUCACCUCCUCCGAACCGCUCGACGAAACCCUAGGUCACUCCUUCUGCUACGUCCGCUCCUCCGCUCGCUUCCUCUCUCCUACUCCCUCCGAUCGUUUUCUCUCUCCGACUCACUCCCUCCGCUUCUCUCCCUCUCACGAACCGGUCCCGGGUAAGUCCAGACCGCCCGGUUUACCCGAACCCGUCUUCAAAGCCAUCUCCGGCGCCUCGGUGAGCGCGAACACUUCGACUCCCCGAACAGUCCUUCAACUCGACAAUAUUUACGACGAUGCCACUGACUCUGUUGGUGGUGGUGUGAAGUCCAGUAUUGUGAAUGGGUUCGAUUGCACGUCGUCGUUUAGUGCUUUGCCGCUCCAACCGAUUCCUCGCGGCGGCGAACCGUCCGGUCCGAUGGAGAGGGCGUUCUUCAUGUCCGGUCCGAUCGAGCGUGGCGCCCUCUCCGGACCGCUCGAACCGUCGGCCGGCGGUUCGGACGGCGGCGGUGUGCCCUUCUCGGCGCCGCUCGGUGGCGUUUACGUAAAAAAGAGGAGGAAGAAGGGUAUAACGGGAAUUCGAAAGGCCUUUUCGAGGAAUUUUUCGGAGAAGAAGAGGCCGUGGGUUGUGCCGGUGAGGAACUUCGUCGGCCGGAAAGAGGUCGCCGGAGAGGGAGGUGAGUCGGAGACGAAGAGGGAGAGUAAUGUUCAGUGGGCUUUAGGGAAGGCAGGUGAGGAUCGGGUACAUGUGGUUGUAUCGGAAGAACAUGGGUGGUUGUUUGUUGGGAUUUAUGAUGGGUUUAACGGCCCUGAUGCUCCUGAAUUCUUGAUGGGUAAUCUGUAUAAAGCUCUGUACAAAGAACUAGAAGGUCUGUUUUGGGAUUCUGAGGAAGCUUGUCCACAAGAGAGUACAAUUACAAUCCCAUUAACAGGUAGUAGUGGUGGAGAGAUUUUGAAUUGUGGGGAAGUUGAAAUUUGUGGAAAUGAAUCUGAUUUAUCUCAAUCGGAUCGAGGAUCAGUAAAGAAAGUAACAUUUCAAUCUGAAAUUGAGGUUAGACGGAGACGAUUAUGGGAAUUUCUUGCCGAAGAUGACCCGGAAGACGGACUUGAUCUAUCUGGUUCGGAUAGAUUUGCAUUUUCGGUGGACGAUGCGCUUAGCGUGAGCAAUGCUGGCUCGGCUGUGAGUAGACGGUCACUGUUGUUAACAAAAUUGAAACAUGGGUUGAUUAAGCAUCACAAGGACAGUAAGAAGUUGUUUCCAUGGAGAUUUGGGCUGGAGGCCAAAGAGAAAACUGAAGCUGAGAAUAGAGUUGAGGAGGAGGAGGAGGAGAGAACUAGCAAAAGUGGUAGGAAGCGAAAAAUUGGUCCUAUUGAUCAUGAAUUGGUUUUGAGCGCAAUGUCACGGGCUCUUGAUGUGACUGAGCUUGCGUAUUUGGAUAUGACAGAUAAGGUUCUUGAUCAGAAUCCAGAGCUUGCCUUGAUGGGUUCGUGUUUAUUGGCUGUGCUGAUGAGAGAUGAGGAUGUGUAUGUGAUGAAUGUUGGAGAUAGUAGGGCUAUUGUGGCACAAUUGGAGCCUGAAGAAAUUAGUACUAGCACGGGGUCGAAGGGCCUUGUUAAUAAUGGGUCAAAUGCGGAGGACAUAGUUGAGGAGUCCACAGACGAUGGUGAGAGGGUGAAUAAUGUGGCAAAUGAAGCUCCUAAUCAAGUUAUGAGGUUAACUGCAUUGCAGUUGUCUACUGAUCACAGCACAAGCAUUGAAGAAGUAAGUGUUGUUCUAAUUGUGAGCGCAAUUGGAGUACAUUUAGCCUGA